UUAAGACACCUAGGUAUUGUACAGAAUAUAAUUUACCAAAAUGAUUGAAUGAACAUUAGUGACAGGAACAAUAAAAAUAGAAAUUCUAAUAUUUUUUAUCAAAUCAAAUGGACACAUUGGGCACAUAGAGCAAAACGUACAUGUGCUUGGGUACCGAGAGCCCCCUACACAUAAACAGGUUACCUACUGUAACAUGAUUUUUGUGUGUUCUAUGAAGUCACAAAUUGUUCAUUGAAAGUAUGAUGUACUUUUCAUUCACUGAUUAAUGCAUGGAAUGAAGGCUUAUAAUUCCAUCUAUUGUUUUUUUGUUGAGACACACAACAUGCAUUGAUUCAACAAUAUAAUUUCUAAUAAAUCUGAGCUUCUGCGGUUUCUUUAUUUAAAUAUUUUAUAAACGGCCCAUUGUGAAUUUUUUGUGUUUCAGGAAUUAAUUUCUGUAGGCUAACCUAUUUUUUAUUUUCAGGUCCUAAAAGUAAAUAUUUUCAGAGAGUGAGAAACCGUGUGAAGAGUAAACAAACCUGCGAUGAGCCCCCUGAAUUCAAAUUCCUUUACUAACGCCACUAUUGAGCGUCCUGAGUUCUUUUUCAUAAGUGGUUUUUCCGGUAUUCCCCACGCAAACUACUAUUAUGUCUUCUUGUGCUUCGUUUAUGCUCUGUCUCUACUGGGAAAUGCUUUCGUCAUGUUUAUGAUUUACACUGUCAACUGUCUCCACCGUCCAAAAUACAUUGUCGUUUUUAAUUUGGCUUUGUCCGACUUGUGUGGAAGCACCGCACUUGUUCCUCAGAUGAUUGACACCUUACUGUUUAAAUCACAUUUAAUCUCCUACAAGGCCUGCUUUACUAGUAUGUUUUUUGUUUUUUGGUUUCUCUCUGUGCAGUCUUUCACUCUCACUGCUCUAUCCUAUGAUAGAUUUGUUGCUAUAUGCUUUCCACUGAGAUAUAAUGAGAUUGUGACUAGCAAAUCAAUGUUGGUGAUCACAGCGAUAUUAUGGAUUUUUGCAGGACUGGCUGUUCUCAUAGGUGUGAUUUUCAUCAGCGGAGUAUCAUUCUGCAAAUCCAUUGUGAUAAACAGCUUUUUUUGUGAUCAUGGAGCUGUACUACUUUUGGCAUGCGAUGACAACCCUCCAAGUGCUGUGAUGAACUGGACACAUCCUGUUACAAUUCUGUGGUUACCGGUACUUUUUAUCACAGGUACAUAUAUCUGUAUAGCCAGAGCCUUAUUUAAAAUUUCAGAAGCCUCUGAUCGCCUCAAAGCCAUGAAGACCUGCACCUCUCAUUUGAUCUUGGUGGGUGUGUUUUAUCUUCCUAUAUGUAUCACCUAUGCAAUGGGCUCAGCCAUUCAACUGAACACCUGGAUAGUUAAUAUGUCUCUGACCACUGUCUUGCCACCAAUGCUGAAUCCAAUCAUUUACUCUCUGAUGACAGAGGAAUUCACAGAAUCCAUUAAAAAGCUGUACAGAAGAAAGAAGAUACGCUUCGUUGUAAGAAACAAAUGAAUAAAUAUUUUAAUCACAAAUGACUGACUAGCAAUUUUGACUGUGUUCAUUUUUUUGAACUCUCCACUCAACUGUGAACUGUAAGAGCAAUUAAAUUGAAUCCACUUUACUGGAACACAGUGAUUAAUAUAAAUAUCAAGCAGUUCAAUAAGUAUAGUAUAAAUAGUGCUUUUCAUUAGAUGGGUAAACUAUACACAACAUA